AUGUCGACCGAGGCAGACCAAGCGAUCAAAGAACAAACAUCAACACCCGCCCAAAGCGGCCUCCAGUCCAAAUCCUCGCCCGCGCAACAAUCGCAGACAUACAACCAAAUCGCCGCGACCCACAUCGACAAACUCAGUAAAAUCAACGAGCAGAUCCCCAAGCUGCUCACUUACUUCGCCGCCGCCAUCAGCCAACUCACCAACAAUCCCGUCGAGACGCCCGCGCAGAAAGACCAGCCAGACACGCGCCAAGCGCGCGAACAGGCUCUAUGGAUGCAGACCGUCUUUGUGGGGCUGAGUAUCAACCAGAUUCGCGAGGCACUGCUCACGCAGAUAAGCGACCUUGAGCGGUAUGGUGUCAUACCGGCCACGCAGGCAAAGUACACGGCCCAGCAAAUCGGCAAGAAUGCUCCUCAGCAUGAUCCUGAAGCGAGUGUGAAGAACGGUGGAUAUGGCGACUUUGACGUGGGUGUGCUGAAUGCGAGGGCGGCGUCAGGACAGGUCGGCGGGGAAGAUGUUUUGGAUCGGGUUAAGGCGAUUGUGGAGGAGCUGAAGAAGCGGGAUGAGGGCGAAGAGGAUGGAGAGAAAAUGGCUGUGGAUGGAUGA